GGAGAAGACAAAAGAGGAGUAGGAAGAGGAGGAGGAGGAGGAGGAGGACAAGAAGUUUACUCUUACAAAAUCACUGUCUUCGGGCUGUGCUUCUGUCACACAGCAAAGGUCACAGUAACAAUAAGCGAGCCGUUCGUAACGAGUUCAAACUUACUACCUCGGUAUAAAAAGCAAGAUAAGGAGUGGUAUCUCAAUCCAUGCUCUGCAAGAUUAAUCACAGCGUGGCGCAGCAUCGUGGAGAAAAAAAUAAAUAAACAAGCCAGAGGAGGAAACCAGUCCGUCAUAAAACCCCCCCGCCCUCAUGAACCAGCCCGGGAACGUGGGCGUCGGCAUGGGCGUGGUGGUGCCUGUGCCUGUGGGCGGGCGCGAGCAGGGGCCGUCAUCCCGCCGCGCUGGGUCAACCACACCCUCAACCCCUGCGCCGCCAAGUCGUGGCAGCUGCUCUACUGGCCCGAGGACGGCUCCUGCCACAGGAUCUUCACGCAGGGCCCGUGUGGAGAUACCCAGGAGUUCUACUAUGACCCCGUGGCAGGUUCGGGAGCGUGUCGAUGCCCUCGGGGUAAAGAUCCUGUACCGCCCACCGGCCUGUGCUACGCGGAGUACACGAAGGGACCCUGUACUUCCAGAGAGUACCUGGCCACGGAGGAGGAUGGGCAGACGGGCAUGUGCCGCGCCUUCAAGGAGUGCCCGCCCCGCCACGUGUUCUGGCCCCAGGAUGACACGUGUUACCAGUACCACACGCGAGGACCCUGCCUCAAGGGAUACCUCAUCUACAUCAAUCCCAUCUCAGGGUUCCCCGAGUGCGGCUGCGACAGGAACGUGAUGUUCAGCAACUACUGGUCGCUGACGGGGCUGUGCUUCGAGCUGUUCGAGCGCGGCCCGUGCCUGGACGGCGCCAUCUUCCUGUACAACGCCACGCGCGGCUCCACCGAGUGCAGCUGCAGCGCCUCCAUCCUGACCAACUACCACCGCGAGAGCGACGGCUGCUUCGAGCUGAACCAGCGCGGCCCGUGCCAGCCCGGCCAGGUGUUCACCUUCGACCCGCACGAGAUGACCACGCAGUGCCGCUGCCGCGAGGACCACGCGCGCUGGGCCCCGUCCGGCCACUGCCACCGCCUCUACUCGCGCGGGCCCUGCGACAAGGGCCACUUCUUCAUCCUGCCGCCGGGCGCCGAGAACGGCACCGCGCUCGAGGGCGAGUGCCACGCGUACCCGUGCUCGGGCACCCGCCGAUACCACCCCGCCACGGAGACCUGCUACCGGCUGGGCUGGCGCGGCCCGUGCCCCGAGGGCCAGCUCUUCAUCUACGACGAGGAGACGCCCCUGCGCGGCGCCUGCGGCUGCACGCGCGAGCUGGUGGGCUACUGGCCGGACGACGACCGCUGCUACGAGCUGGGCGGGCGGGGCCCCUGCCAGCACUCGCAGGUGCUCUCGUACGACAAGGCCACGGGCGGCGUGCAGUGCACGUGCGACAUCCGGAAGGGCUUCGUCCAGUGGCACGACGACCGCUGCUACCGCAUCGAGACCCGCGGGCCCUGCGACGUCGGGGAGAUCAUGGUCAUCAAGCGAUGGCGCCCCGUCACGCCCACCUGCACGCCCGCCGGCUCGGCCCACACGCCCAACGCGCCCCUCCUGCUGCUGACCGCCGCGCCCGCCCGAGACAAGGCGCCGCAGCACCACCGCGAGAGCAACAGCGUGACGGCCGCCCGCGGGGACAGCUCCUUCACGCUGCUGGGCGCCAACGACACCCUCGUGCCCGCCGCGGCCAACAUCACGGCGACGCCCCGCGCACGCCCGCCCGCCGCGCCCCGACACCCACCGCAACGGGCGCCGCCUGUCCAGCCGCCCCGCGCCCACCAACAUCUACUCGCUGGUGGCCGUGGAGGACGCCACGGGCGGGGGGCGGGCGGAGGGCGGAGGGGGCGGCGCGGGGACGGCCUUCCCGCAGGGGCGGACGGGGCGCUCCAUGGCCGACACCGAGACGUGGGGCUUCCUCGACGGCUCCUACUUCAAAAUCCCCGGCACUUCCCCGGGGACAUACUACACGGGGCGCCCUGACGGAGAGCCCUCCCUCCAGCCGUGGUGGGGGGAGCCCUCCACCUAAGGGACGCCGGGGGGAGCCGCCCCACACCCUCACACGCCGCAGGGCAUUACCGUGACCCCAGGCCAUGGCCCCCACGCACCCACACAGCCUGUGAUACGAGCCGCCCAAAACUCCACGCCCCCGUCAUGCACAAGGACCUCCACGGCGCCGCGCCGCCCUCGCUUGUGACUCGCGCCCUUGUGUGACUCGGCGCCCUUGCCUGCGACCCCACGGCGGGGCGGGGGGCCGAGGAAGCCUCCUCUUAGGGACUCUGAAACGCUAAGAGCCAAACUAAUUCUCUCGCGCCGGAUAAUGUGUUCGGAAAAAGACAAUAUCACUACCACAGUGUAACAACCGCACACAAACGCCCCCCCCCCCCCGACAGUGAAUGCGCCCCGCGAUUCCGCUUCCUCUCCGCCCCCCAGAACUCUCCCCGUCGCGAGGGCGAGCCGCAAGCCGCAGAAAACACUUGCGAAAAUCGAAGCGGGAAGGGGCCUGCCGCGGUGUGUCCAGCAGCUGCAAGACACGUGUGCUGUUGCGGUGACCUCGAGCUAUUGCACACUCUAACCCAACGGGCCCGCCUGGAGGUUGAUGUUUUUUUUUAUGAAUAUUUUUUUACACUGUGUAUAUAUAUCCACGUACGUCGUUUUCCAUGAUUGUUCAUUUCCGUGAAUACGUAAUAAAGCUAAAACCUUCUGC